AACAACAAAUAUAGAUAUAUACAUUAUAAUUACAACAAUAAAGAUACAGUGAUGGCAUCAACAAACUUUGUAGCAACUCAAAACAAUACAGAUGUUUUCAACAAGGACAUCAGAAAGAUAAGAUACGACGUCUUUGUAAUUGAACAACAAUGUCCAGUUGAGGAGGAAUGGGAUGAGCAUGAUGCCAUAGCCACACACUACUUGCUCACAGACAAUGGUGUACCAGUUGCAUGCUCACGAUCACGUCAGUAUCAUCUAGAUGAUGGAACUGAUGUCGUAAAGUUGGAGAGAUUCGCCGUACUCAAGGAACACAGAGGAAAGAAAUAUGGAAAGGUGUUGGUAGAGGAAACGAUCAAGAGAGUAUAUGAACUGAACAAGGAUCGCAACUUCCCAUGCUAUAUCAUCAAUGCUCAGCAGUACGUCGAGAAGUUCUAUGAGAAGCUUGGAUUCAUCACAGACACAAACAUACCAAUCUUUUACGAGGCCAACAUUCCUCAUGUUCGAAUGGCCAUUCCAAUUCAAACUGUCAAAUCUAUUGCUGGCGAGUCU